UUCAAUUUAAAUAGGCAUCAACAGGGGCGCCGUGAAGUUAUUCUAGGAAGAACCGCGUGAGGAAGUGGAUCUAGGUUUCUUAGUUAAGACUUAUUUAGACUUUUCGACCAACAGCCAUGGGAGAAUUAGCAGUCCCUGAGAGAAUCCUUAAAUGGCAGCUAGAGGUGCCCCAGGGACAAAUUGUGGAGGAAAGUCAAACCGCCGGCCCACGCAGUCCCAUCCUGAUGAAGUCAGUAGAACGUGUCUCUAAGCUUCCAGUUGUUGAAGAGACCGUGAAGAUUGCCAUGAAUGUUUAUGGGAAACUUAAGGGAGCAAAUUGUAUUUUCAACUGGUCUCUGAAGAAGGUAGAAUAUACAGCUGCGAAGGCUGCAGAAUCCACUGCACCUCUGGUAUUAAGGCUACAAAGACAAAUUGAGAUCGUGGACGGGCUUCUGUGUAUCGGUCUAGAUUACGUGGAGUGGAAUAUUCCUGCCGUGAAAUUACCCCCAAGUCAGAUGUAUGAGAACGCGAAGCAAUGUGUGAGUAAGUGUGCGCAGCGGUGUGGGAAUUGCUCCAAUGCCGUGAUGGACUGUACUGCCAGCAAACUCCAGAAACUGCGUCGGAUCUGCGGAGGAAGUGAGCCCACGAAAAAAAGUGAGCCUGAACACAUCCCUGAACCCGAAGCAAGUUCAUCUGCAGGGCCUUCUCAACCUUCAGCUUCCUAGAAGUUUCGCCGUGAUGCCACAUAUUAUAAUUGUUAAUGUUUUAUUGUUCGUUAAUUCUGAAUCCAAAUGUUAAUAGAAUGCAGGUAUAAUCAUAUUUUACAUAUUAUUGUAUCUUAAUUGUGCAUGUGAAUAAUUUUAUUAUCUUAGUGGAAACUGGUCAAUUUAAAUAAAGAAAUUUAUAGAAACUUACUAAAGUAUUCAAUAAAGAACUUCGGAAAUUUGCAUCCUUAAA